CGCCUUUCGACCGACGAUCGAUCGUUCCGGCCCAAGUGAGGAGCUGACCCCACCCCCUUCCCCAGGAGAGUCUUCCCACUCCUGUGCGUGGAUUAGAGGAAUUGGUCUGGAAGCAUGUGGUCGGUCCUUAGAGGCUGGAGGAGAGGAUGCGUGAGACUGCAUGGAGCCCUGGCAUGGGCUGUGCUUGGUCAGUCACGCUACCCCUGCAGCCGUGCUGUGGCCAGUGCCGCGGCCGGCACAACCUCCGUGGAGCAGGAUGAGUUCAGCUUUGUGGUGGUGGGUGCAGGCUCUGCUGGCUGUGUGCUCGCCAGUCGGCUCACUGAGGACCCAAGCCAUCGGGUGCUGCUGCUAGAGGCAGGUCCCAAGGACUUGUUGAUGGGGAGCAAGCGACUCCAGUGGAAGAUCCACAUGCCUGCUGCCCUUGUGGCCAACCUGUGCGAUGACAGAUACAACUGGUACUACCACACGGAAGCACAGCCGGGCCUGGAUGGCCGUGUACUGUACUGGCCGCGAGGCAGGGUCUGGGGGGGAUCCUCAUCCCUCAACGCCAUGGUCUACAUCCGUGGACACGCCGAGGACUAUAACCGCUGGCAUCGCGAAGGUGCUGAAGGUUGGGACUACGCACACUGCCUGCCCUACUUCCGCAAGGCACAGAGACAUGAGCUGGGAGCCAACAGGUACCGUGGUGGUGAUGGACCACUGCACGUGUCUCGGGGCAAGACCAACCACCCUCUUCACCAGGCCUUCCUGCAGGCUGCACAUCAGGCUGGCUACCCCUUCACCGAAGACAUGAAUGGCUUCCAACAGGAGGGCUUUGGCUGGAUGGAUAUGACCAUCCACCAAGGGAAGCGCUGGAGCACAGCCUGUGCCUACUUGCACCCAGCGCUGAGCCGCCCCAACCUCAGGACUGAGGUCCAGACCCUUGUGAGCAGAGUGCUAUUUGAGGGCACACGUGCAGUGGGCGUGGAGUACUUCAAGAAUGGCCAGAGCCACAAGGCUUAUGCCAGCAAGGAGGUGAUCUUGAGUGGGGGCGCCAUCAAUUCUCCACAGCUGCUCAUGCUCUCUGGCAUUGGAAACGCAGAUGACCUCAAGAAACUGGGCAUCCCUGUGGUGUGCCAUCUGCCUGGAGUUGGGCAGAACCUGCAAGACCACCUGGAGAUCUACAUUCAGCAGGCAUGCACACAGCCCAUCACCCUCCACUCGGCCCAGAAGCCUCUGCGGAGGGUCUGCAUCGGACUGGAGUGGCUCUGGAGGUUCACAGGGGAUGGAGCCACGGCCCAUCUUGAAACAGGAGGGUUCAUCCGCAGCCGGCCCGGGAUCCCCCACCCAGACAUUCAGUUUCACUUCCUGCCAUCCCAAGUGAUUGACCACGGGCGGAAACCCACCCAGCAGGAUGCUUACCAGGUACACGUGGGAACCAUGAGGGGCACAAGUGUAGGCUGGCUCAAACUGCGAAGUGCCAACCCUCAGGACCACCCCGUGAUUCAGCCCAACUACUUGUCAACAGAAACCGAUAUCCAGGACUUCCGUCAGUGUGUGAGAUUGACCAGAGAAAUUUUUGCACAAGAAGCCUUGGCUCCCUUCCGGGGCAAAGAGCUCCAGCCUGGAAGCCAUGUCCAGUCAGACAAAGAGAUAGAUGCCUUUGUGCGGGCGAAAGCAGACAGUGCUUACCACCCCUCCUGUACCUGUAAGAUGGGCCAGCCCUCUGACCCCACUGCUGUGGUCGACCUGCAAACCAGGGUCCUCGGGGUAGAAAACCUCAGAGUCGUUGAUGCUUCCAUCAUGCCCAGCGUGGUCAGUGGCAACCUGAAUGCUCCCACAAUAAUGAUUGCAGAGAAAGCAGCUGACAUUAUUAAGGGGUAUCCUGCACUCUGGGACAAGGAUGUUCCUGUCUACCAGCCGCAGACUCUGGCCACCCAGCGUUAAGGCAGCCCACUGCCUGAGGAUGACAGAGGAAUUCAUAUCAAGCCAAGAGAUCCAACUCAUGCAGCCCUGCCCCAGAUAGUUCCUGAACCUGUAGACUCUUGGGACCCAGAUAUCCCUACUCAUGGCUAAGACCUUCAUGGUAUUUGAGGAAACAAAGCUGUGGCGGUGAGUGAGGCAAGUCCCUUUUCCCAGUGUCUCUCUGAGGACCCUUGGAGAAAGGCGAGCAUGCAAGCUGGGGCCUUGUCCUGACCUCCUGGAGUUAAGUGAGGAAGGUUAAUUCUUGCGUGAUUUUCUUGCAAGCCCUUCAGCCACCUCCAGCCCAGUGUUCUGUUGCCAGGAGUGGAAUGAUCCUUUCCCUGGUGACCCACUCAAGGACACUUCUGUAAAGGCCGGGUUCUUGAGAUGAACUGGGACUCUCCAAGGAAGCGUUAGCAGAGGCCGAGAGCCAGGAAGAAGCUUAGCCAGGGCUGGUACCUGAGCUCAUGUUCGCCAUUAGAGGAAAGGCAGACAGCUGGAGGAUACUGGCUGUCCCUUCUGCUUCGAUUCAAAUCCGAGGAGCGAGGUAUAGGAAUGGGGGGCUCAAGUGACUACACGACUCACUUGCCUCGUGCUGGCUGUCCUUACAAGAAAAUGAAGACUGGACACAAUUUGGAUCAGUUUCUCUAAGACGUGCAAAGCCACCUUCUCCAAUGGGGAAGAGCAGGAUAACUGUACAGAAACCUGCAUUGCGAGA